AUGGUUGAAAAUGGGGCAAAAACAGUCGUGUGUACAGCGCGUUCACAACCAAGUGAUGAAAAGAUUUCGGAGGUUCAACAAUUGGAGAAGAAAACUGGAUCUCGUAUCCUUCUACGUCAAGCAGACGUAACAUCUUGGGAAGAAAUGAAUACAGUUAAAAACGAACUCGAAAGUCUACCUGAUGUAGCUGGAAUCGUUUUUACCGCUAUGGUAUUGGCCGACCAGUUUCUCAAGAAAGCCGAUUUAAAGACAUGCAGAAAUGUUGUAGGGACAAAGGUGAAAGGGAGUGUAAUCCUUCACCAACUCAGUCUUACGAUGGAUCUAGAUUUCUUCAUUAUGUUUUCCUCAAUAUCCGGAGUUCUUGGUAAUUGGUGCUGGAGUACUGGAAAGAAAUGCGAUAUCACAUCAGUCCUGGAAACAUACGGAUUUUUUCCUCUUCACUAUACGCAAGCAACUGAGUUUAUGGAACGCAUCAUUCUUAAAAAUUUUAACGAAGCUCAAGUUUGCAUAUCUCCUGUGAAUUGGCAAGUUUAUCUUAGAAGUCAUACUUCUCCGAGGUUCCAAUGGAAACGAGAAGAAACGCUGCUAGCCGUGGAUAAUGUCAUGACAUUGGAGAGCCUAGCACUGCUACCGUUGGAUUUGAGAAUUCAAAAUGUUCAAGAUUUUAUUAGGCGUUUGCUGAGUUCGUGGUCAGGUAGUGAGGCUUCUGAAGUGGACUUAAACCUCGGCCUGUACAAGUUUGGAAUCGAUUCAAUUGCUGCAACAAACAUGAAACAUCGAAUUGAAAACAACAUUGGGGCUAAAUUUGAGGCAUAUUAUUUCAUCCAACCAAAUGUGAAUGGUCUAAAAAUCGUCAAUGAUAUUCUGGAACAAAUAGAAAACGUAGAAUCGACGAGUGCGGACAAUGAAUCCUCGAAAGAAAUAAAGCAAAGGAAACGCAGUUUGUCAAGUAACCAUAAGGAAAAAAAUAAAAUUGUUUUACCUGAAAUUAACAACAAUGACACCGUUAAGAUUGAAAGAAUUAACCAUGGGCUUGAGCUGCAGAACAUAAAUAUUCCUUCAAUCCCAGAGAAAGUUAUUCCAAUUUAUACUCCUGAUAACGUAUUUGUUAAAGUUUUUAUGACACACUCCAGCGAAAAGUCGGCACUUGGACUAGCGUCAUUCGCGCAAGGUUUCCAAAAACAG